AUGUUUCACCGCUGGUGGGCGCCGUGCUUCGUUCGACUUCUGCUCUGCUUGCAGCAGACGCCUUGGAUAGCUGCCAGGAAGCCAAACUUCGUCAUUAUGAUGAUGGACGACAUGGGCUGGGGAGACUUGGGCGUUUUGGGGCAGCCGGCGAAGGAGACACCGAACCUAGAUCGAAUGGCUGCAGAAGGGAUGCUCCUCACGGACUUCUACACUGCGAACCCGCUCUGCUCACCUUCAAGAGCCGCUUUACUGACCGGUCGUCUUCCCAUCAGGAACGGGUUCUACACUACCAACAACCACUCCAGAAACGCGUACACGCCGCAAGAGAUUGUGGGCGGUAUUCCGGACGAAGAGCUGCUCAUCCCCGAACUUCUUGCCACCGCUGGUUACAGGAACGCGAUUAUCGGCAAAUGGCACUUGGGCCACCAGGAGCAGUUCCUCCCUCUUCGCCACGGCUUCCACGAGUGGUUCGGGUCGCCCAACUGCCACCCCGGGCCUUACGACAACGUGGAGCGCCCCAACAUCGCCGUCUUCAGAGAUUCUGACAUGGUUGGAAGGUACUACGAAGACUUCGACAUUGACCUCGACAACAGGACGUCAAAUCUGACGUUACAGUUCACGCAAGAAGCGGUGGAGUUCAUUGACCGACAGCACGACCGUCCUUUCUUUCUGUACUGGGCGCCGGAUGCGAGCCACACCCCUGUGUACUCAUCGAAGGCUGUCAGGGGGCGGAGCAUCAGGGGGGCUUACGGAGAUGCCGUGCAAGAGCUGGACCAAAGCGUUGGCGUCAUUCUCGACACGCUGCGUCGUUGGGGGAUCGACAACAACACCUUCGUCUUCUUUACGUCCGACAACGGUGCCGCGCUUGUGAGCAAGACGGAAGGAGGCAGCAACGGUCCUUUCCUGUGCGGCAAACAGACUACUUUCGAAGGCGGCUUCAGGGAACCGGCUAUUGCUUGGUGGCCCGGAGUCAUCGAGGCGGGAAAGGGAACAAGGCAAGUGGUGACUGUUGUGGACCUGCUGCCGACCAUAGCGGAACUGGCUCAAGUUUCACUGCCCCCAGGACUGGUUCUAGACGGAACAAGCGUCGUACCGGCACUGCUCAAAUCGCCCCACCGCCAUUAUGAGGAUAAAACACCCGACAGGCCCGUGUUCUACUACAGAGGCAACGAGCUCAUGGCGUUGCGUAAGGGCGUUUACAAGGCCCACUUCUGGUGCUGGACCAAUUCUUGGGAGCAGUUCAAGACGGGGAUUGACUUCUGCCCGGGAUUCCAAGUGCCGGGCGUGACGACGCACUCGCAGAGCAACUACACUGCGCAUCCGAUCCUCUUCCACUUGGGCCGAGACCCCGGAGAAAAGUUUCCCAUCCAGGUGGGGACUCAUGAGUACAACGAAGGCAUCGCUCCCAUACUCCGAGCCUACCACGAACACAAGCGCACCAUGAUCCCAGGCAAACCGCUGCUCAACUGGUGCGACCUGGCUGUCAUGCACUGGGCCCCACCUGGUUGUGACCGGUUGAAGCGUUGUCUCCCGGCGCCACCGUCAAGGCCUUAUCUCUGCGACUGGCAGCAAUAACGGAGACAGGCAUCACUCGCCCGCUAAAUGUCUGGAGAAAAAUAAACGAACGGUGAUAAUAGAAACGUUUAAAUUCAAACAGA